AAACUUUUGUCAUGUGAAUGUUUGACCAAGUAGUGUUAUGUGUUGAUAAACUCCCAUUUAAUGUGUUGACAUGAUAAAAUUUUCUUUUCUAAUAACAGUCGAUGGAUUUUCUGUAGGAUGGUGGCUGAAGAAGAUGCAGAUCUAGUCAACCCGGUAGAUUCUGAAAAGAAUGCUGUUCAGAAUCAUGGAUAUUCCCUUCGUAAGGGCGACUUCGCUCAACGACCCAUGUCCAUCAAGAAAUUUCUCGAGCCUUUUGACCACAGCAGUUUGACAAAUAAUGAAGCUGGUGAGAAGUAUGCGGCCUAUAAAGCAAGUUUUGUUCGUCAACAGUUGGAAGAGUUUUUCGAAAGGAACAAAGCAUAUGCAUGGUUUCGCGAGAAGUAUCAUCCAGAUUACUGCACAGAUUCAUCGUCCAGUAUGAAAUUUUUCGAAAGACGUUUAGAAAUAUUUAUGGAGUUUUAUAAAAGCGGUUAUUUUGACAACCUACAUUUAACCAGUGGUUACGAAAAUGAAAUUGUUCGUCUGCUAGAUAUGGUUGCGAUUAAACUGGCUGGUGGAACGGAAGAGGAUUUUAUUCUUUUGGACAAACUACUGGAAGAGAGAAUUUCUGAAAAUUCUAAUAUGGUCGUUGAGCAAUCAACAUUUGAGCAUACGGAGAAUCCUAAACCAAACAACAAUAUAAUUCAAUCAUCAGAAAUUCGAGAAGACCUACUCGAUAAAGCGAAAUCUGAUGCAAGCAUUAUGAAAAAAGCAAAAACUAAAACAGAUUAUCAUGAUUCUUCAAGCGCCCAAAAACGUAAAGUCUCUAAAAUGAAAAGACAACAAAACAAUGCAGAUGAUGAACAAGAAGAAGGCGAAGAUAGUAGUUUAAGUGAAGAUGAUGAAAGUAAUGGUGGUAGUCGAAGUGACAGUGUAAACAGUCAUAGUGGUGAUUCCAGUUCAAGUGAUGAUAAUAAUAAUAAUAAUAGUACUAGUGGUAGUAGCAGUAGUAGUAGUGAUAGUAGUGACGAUGAUGGUCAUGGCAGUAGUCAUAGUAGCAGCAGUAGUAGCAGUAGUAGUAGUAAUAGUAGUAGUACGGAUGAUGAUAAUAAUAAUAAUAAUGACAAUAAAAAGCAUCUAAAGAAAGUUAUCAAAUCUAAAAGUAGUAGCAGUGAUAGUAGUGAUGGAGAGACGACUGUCAAACAUAAAAAGAAGCAUUCUAAACUUGUCAAAGAUAAGAAUGUUUCAGAAGCUUCUGGUCAUAGUGGUGACCGUCGUCGUCACCGUCGCCGUCACCAUGAUGAUGAUAAAAGCAUUGAUGAGAAUACACAUACCAAAGUGAACAAUUCCAAUUCGACCAGCCAUUCAGAUAAUAAUGAUCAUCGAGAUCAUCAAAAUGAAAGUGCUAAUGCCAAUGUAAUUCCUAAUGAAGCCAACAUGUUAUCUCCUAUGAUAUCAUCCAACACGACAGAGUCAAAUCAAUCAAAUACAGUGUAUGUUCUAUCAGGGUUGACAAAUCCACCUUAUGCUACUGAUGGUGUUAGUGUUAAUGACGAUACUAAUAAUGAUCAAAGUAUUACUUAUGUUGGUGAAAAACCUUUGGAUUUAGAUAAUGUAAUGAUUGAGAAAUCAACAGAUCCAAUUAAUGAAGAUCAACUGAAUGAAGUAAUCAUCACAGAUAAACAAACACGUCGACCUAUUCAUUAUACAAGUUUAUUAUUUUUUCCACAUAUUCCAUUCAAUAUAUUGAAACGAGAUUUAAUCUCUGUAAGUUUUUCAGUAGUAGUUGUUUUUGUUUAA